UACCUUCGGCCGCCGAUGCAUGACGUUAGUUGAGUUCGAUAGCUCUAUGAGUUUACACGUAAAUAUUUUUAGUCUCUGCGUAUUUGAAGCGUACAAGGUAUAAGAAAGUUAAAAAGUGAUUGUUGUGCGGACAAUACCCAGUUAGUUAGCUAACCAAGUAAGUUAGCUGAUUUUAGAAGUGUGCAAGCGUAUACUGAUCUGGCAUGAUAAGACGGAAAGUGCUAAAAAAUUGAUCAAGCUAUCUGGCGCCGCGACCGCGAUAACUAACGGUAUAUUUGAUAAAGUACGGUUGUGAAAACACGAUAUCUGAGUGAAAAAAUCCAGCUGGUGUCCAGUGUUUCCAGCCCAAAGAAUUUGCCACUUUUUCGAUUAGGCUCACAAUUUAAAAUAGUUAUGAAUAUCUAUAUAAAAGCUUAAAAAAAUUAAGAAAUAAAAAUUAGUGUGCAUGAAAUUACUUGAAAUCAGUUUAAAAGCAACCAAAAAAAGAAAACUGUUUCUACAGAAAUAUAUUUAUAACAAUUAAGUAACUAAAUUCAAAAUAACACUACAUGCUUUGGAUAAAACGUCGAAUAAUACCCUAAAGGCUGUAUCGAUUUAGUGGUAUAUGCCACAUUACAACCAUUCGCUAGUCAACGAAAACUCUGCAAAUCAGAAAACGCCUUAACCAGUAACCGACGUUCAGCCUGUAAGUUCAGUAGCCGACGGCAAACAAAUUUUUAAGGUCGCACAACUUGUUGCAUCGCAGCCGGAGAUCUUUGCUCAGCGAUCUGUGGAAUUAGUGGAAUCAUUAGUGACAUAUGUACAUACGCACACACACCAAAACAUAUUUUGGUGAUUUUAAUUUUGUAGUACACAUUACGUCGAGCAGCCGUUGAGCGCUGCUCAAAUAAAUCGUCGUCAUCGAAUUCUCGCCUGUAUACGUUGAACGCAAAGACUUCAAGACGGUUGCCUCACGGUUCGAGUGGAAUGAGCAUAGGGAUACUGGUCUUCCUUUUGAUAGAUCGGUUUUCAAGGUCGUUAAACUGAGCCCCAAUUUGGAGCCCUACCCCGCCAGCGUGGAGGGCUUGAACAGCCCUAGAGCGGUGGGGAUGGCCGCCACCUCGUAUAUGACACCGUCCAGCGGUGACUUAGACAUGGCGCUGGGCGGCGGUGGCUAUCACACCUCAUCGCCUCGGUCUGCCGCCGAUGCAGGCGAAAUGAAGUAUAUGCAACAUCAUCAUCAUCACGCUGCCGCCGCUGCUGCCCACCAUCAGCUUCCUUCAUCUCCGAGUCCGAAUGCAGUUGUAGGCGGAGCGGCCGGAGCGGGAGCAGGUAGUGCUGGAGGCCUGGGUGUUUCCACGACAGGGCUUAGUUCGAUCACACCAACUGGCGGUUUGGGUUCGAAUCCCUGGACCGCGUUGCAUCCCUCAGAUCCAUGGGCGUCAAUGACUCAUCAGACACACCAUCAUCCCGCGGAUGCAGUGAAGCAGGAAAUGUCACAUUUAUCACAGCAGUCCCGUGUUCACCAAGGCAUGGCAUCACCUCAUACAUGGCACGCACCAGUUCAUGCUGCGGCGCACUACGCACCGACGGGCGGUUCGCCGUUGCAAUAUCAUCAUGCAAUGAACGGCAUGUUGCAUCAUCCUGGACAUCCGGCGCACCACCAAGGCGUAGCACCGCUGCACCAUGCAUUACGAGGAGAAUCACCACAAUUACACAUACAUCCACAUCAUCUACAAGGUGAUCGCGAUGUAUCGGGUGGAGAAGAAGAUACUCCCACUUCGGAUGAUUUAGAGGCAUUUGCAAAGCAGUUCAAACAGCGUCGUAUAAAACUCGGGUUUACACAAGCUGACGUCGGACUGGCGCUUGGCACCCUGUAUGGCAAUGUCUUCUCUCAGACGACGAUUUGCCGUUUUGAGGCUCUACAGUUAAGUUUCAAGAAUAUGUGCAAAUUGAAACCGCUGCUACAGAAGUGGCUUGAAGAGGCUGACUCUACAACUGGCUCACCGACGAGUAUCGACAAAAUCGCAGCGCAGGGCCGUAAACGCAAGAAACGGACCAGCAUCGAGGUGAGUGUGAAAGGCGCACUGGAACAGCAUUUCCAUAAGCAGCCGAAACCGUCGGCACAAGAGAUCUCGUCGCUAGCGGAUUCGUUGCAACUAGAGAAGGAGGUAGUGCGGGUUUGGUUCUGUAAUCGUAGGCAAAAGGAGAAGCGAAUGACGCCGCCGAAUACAAUGGGCGGCGAUAUGAUGGACGGCAUGCCACCAGGUCACAUGCAUCCGCACGGCGGCUACCAUCCUCAUCACGAUAUGCACGGAAGCCCAAUGGGCACUCACAGUCACAGCCAUAGCCCGCCAAUGCUUAGCCCACAAAACAUGCAAUCCGCGGCGGGGCAUCAGUUGGCGGCUCACUAGCAAUCAGAAAUCCAGGAGUCGAACUCAGCUGCAGCUGCGUCCACUCCUGCAUCGCUGCAUCAGCAGCAACAACAACAACAUCAGCAGCAACAGCACCAGCCACAUAACCAACAUGCGCCAAAUACGCCCUCGUCGUCCGCAGGCUCCUCAGUUACGAUGACGACUAAUGUGCUGUCACCGCAAUCACCUAUCGGUGCGGGCGUGUCUGCCAACAAUAAUAACAACAACAAUACUAGUAACAAUAAUAAUAACAACGAUAGUGAUCACUUGGCUCAGGUGAAACAGCAGCACCAACAGCAAGCUUCAUCGAUAGCGGCCGCUGCAGCAGCCGCUAUGUAUAUUGAUCCGAUGCGUUAUCAACACCAUCACACGCACCAACACCCGCAUCUUAAUCCCGCGCAUCAUCCCCACCUCUUUCACACCAGCGAUCAACAGCACCCAGCGUUGCAACAUCCUUCCGCCCAUCACCAACAUCUGCAACAGCCGCAGACUUCGCCCGGUGCCGGCAGCAGCAGCGGCGCAUUGCAAGCGCCAUCGUCAUCGCCCUCCUCGGCGUCAUCUGUGUUAGGAGUGGGUAGCGCGGCCGGCAUGCAUCAUCUCAACCUAAAUCCGCAUUCUUUGCACCAACAUCACCAUCACCACCAACAGCAGCACCAUCAUCAGCAGCAGCAACAACAGCUCCACGCGCGUCGACUCUUCGAAUGGAGUUUACAAUUCGGUGCGGCGGCACCAGGUGUAAGACACUUUAACUCUUUCGGUGGAAGCGGCGAAUAGCAUACGUCCGCCGCAGCGGCAGCGUCAGCCGCCUGGUUCGGGUAUGAGUCGUCUUAAGCGGAGAGCAAGGCGAUAAUCAGCAAGAGACUAGGCGAUGCGCUGUCAAGUUGCGGCGAGUAGUCAUGCGGGAUGACGGAGACAGGAAAGGGGAAAUAAAGUUUUAAUAGUUUAGUGAAAUAUAUACAUAUGUAUGUACGCAGGGACCGAAGGACCAACGACCGAGUCAUAGAUCUAACUGCAGAGCGGUAAAACUAAACCGCUUCAGGAACAGUGGGCUAGUAAAAUGGGCUUGAAAUGUAUGCAGGCGGUUGCACGCCAUUGGCCUGAGCUAUACCAGUGCAUUAAUCUGUGUUAACUUGAAAUUAGUUAAGUAAAUGAAGUAAAUAAAAAAUAACGACCAUUACAAAAAAAAAUCUAUAUAUAAUAAUAAUAAUAAUACUGUUUAGUAGAAACAAUUUUACGCAACUGAUGUAUGAAAGUACGUAAUGAAUAAUGGCCUACUUAAACUCCCCCUGUAUACAACAACAUUAAAGUCGUAAAUUAAAUUUAUAAACAAAAACUAAAAACGUUGAAAGUUUCUAAAACUUGCAAACAUGAAUGCAAUUAAAAUCAAACCAGAAACUAAGUGAUGUUUUUAAGAAAAACAAAAUAAAAUAUAGUUUUGCGUAUAAAAUAAGCAAAUGUGAAAAUUCGCAAAAAAAUAUAAGCAACUGAAUUAAAUGUAAUUAACAAAUUCAUUAGUUUAUAGUUUUAUAAUUGUAAAUGUUGAUUGAAAAUUUCUUGAAAACGAGUGAAACCACUAGAAACGGUAAUAAAUUAAACAAGACAUUCAUAAUUCAUAACUUAAAUGAUCAUUACAAAAACAUUUGGGUAAAAGAACCAAAUAGCUCAAUUUAAUUUUAUAAAUUAUUUUGUAAAGUCGCCAAAUGCCUCAACACAUUCCUUGUAGCAGUGUGAGAUAUAAACAUGUAAAAAUCAAAAAUAUAAUAAAAUCUAAAUGUAAAAUAGCGCCAGAAUCAAAGAUCGAAAAAGUGUCGAAAAGUGAACAACAAAGAUAUCGCAACUGUUACUCAUUUUGUGAUGGUUUAGCGCCCUGAUAAUCCUGUGUUCAUACCAAGGCAAAGGUAAACCGUUUUUAAUAUUCAAUUCGUUAGCUAAAUGGGUGGAGAAAAUCAAAGUAUUGGUACUUAUUUGUUGGUAUAGCCAACACUUUUCGGCACUUUUCGCGUGUACAACAAAACAUUGUAGACCAAAAGUUAGAGUGAAAUUAGAAAUGCCUUUUCUUAUCACAAAUGAAUAAUCGAAAUUGUACAUUUGUUUUUUUUUUUAUUUAAAUAAAACCUUUGGAUUCCAGUGCUUAAGAAAAAUAUAAAUUUAAUACAUUUUUAGGUGACGAAACGUCACAAAAACAUUUAUGAAUUCAACUUCUCGUCUUUAAUAUCGCCAAAUAGAAUGCUAAAAAUAGGCAACAAAAUUUAUUUGUGAUAAAUAAAAUGGAAUAUUACUUUGUGCUUGCUUUUUUUAAACAAAAUUAUUGUUUUCAAAAAUAAAACAUUAAGUAAAAUUUAUUCAUAUUAUUUUAUAGUUUUUAAAUCAUUUGAUCUGUUCAAAAAUUGUUAUUUUAAGUGGGAAGUCAAUAUUAUUAAUUGUAAAUUAGAUCUAGUAUUAAAUUAAUUUUCUCAUAAGUGCAAACAAGCCGUGUGUAAAUAUACAUGAAGUCGUAAAAUAAAAUUUAUUUUAAGAAUAUUUGAAAAACAUAAAGAAGCGUUUACUUAUUUUUGAAGUGAGAUUGGAAUUUCGUAGCAGCCGAAAGUAUCAUAGUUUUAACUUUACAUGACAUAAAGCGAGUAUGUAAAGUGAAAAAAGUCACAUACAUUCCUUUUCAAAGGUGCAAAACGAAUUCACAUUUCAAUAGUCUUUGAAGAAAUUCCGGUAAGAAAAAAUAGAUUAAUCUUAACGAAGUUCACUUUGGGAAGCUUUAAUGGAAGUAAUUCAAUCAAAAUGUGACUAAGCUAUUGGGAGUGAACAGUGGAAAUCUCCAUACUUCCUUGAUUGCUUGUCGAGGAUAGACCACAAUUUCAACCGACGGGAACCGAUAAGCUGGCAACUAAAACAUUCAGCUCCAUAUACUCGUAGCUUUACUUAUUGGCAGACUUUUGUCUAAGCAAUGAAUUAUCGGUCUUGGCUUAAUUAAUUACUAAAAAAAUUUAUUUUACUUUUCUAAAAACGAAGAUAUUUUGCAACAAACAAAAUUCUCGACUUCACAGAUAUCUUCCGUGGCCGUCAGCAGCAAAGAUAAUUAAUUAUGCAUUUACACGUAUAUUUUAUAAUAUCUACAGUGCAUCUGAAGAUUCUGUUUUGCUAACAUAAAAUUCAAAAAUGAUUUAAUUUUACCUCCAAACUAAAUUUUGUAUUAGUCUUCUUCAAUUUCAGUUUAAUUUUGAUACGAAAUACAAAGAAAUAGUGCUAAAUUUUUAUUCUCUUGUUGCAAAACGUAGUCAGUUAUUAUUAAUUCUCUUAAUUACUUUAAAUUGUAUUACUUGUCAACUUUUUCUUGCAUUAAUUUUAGCUCACUAAACUUUUGGUCUACUAGUCCGUAUAAUUCAAAACCGUAUAAGUAAUACAAACAGAGGGGAGAAUUUAAAUACGAGCAAAUAUUACUUAACUAAAAUAAGCAGGAGGAUAACAUAAUUGAAGUUGCGAAAAAUUGCAAUUUUCUAACAGAAUCUAUACCAAAUAUAUCAUACACGGUGCUUAAAGGCCCACACAUACGUAUGUACAAUCAUCAAUCCAAUAACACUUAUAUAUACAUGAACAGCAUUUUGAAAAUAAUGCAGGCGUGGCACUUUCUAUGUAAAUAAUUAAGUCAUUAACUGUAAUUAAUAAAUAUUUUUAAUUCAAAGAUAUAUAGAUUUUUUUUUUAUUCAAACGGCUAAGAAGAAAUUUGAAAAAAUCAAAAAGUAGGAAUAGGUGGCAUAACUUAAAGAGGAACAAGUUUAGAGAUAUUUAAAUAUGUAUAUAGUUCAGUAGCGUUAGGAAACAAUAAAUUUGGUACGAUCCAAAAACCAACAACUACACAUAUUAGGGAACACGCAGCCGUACAUAAAUACACACAUAAAAACAAAUAACUGUAGUUAAACUUAAUCGAAACAAAGCCACACUAGUUGUAAAAAAUGUAAGUCAAAGAACUAAAAUUGUUUAAUGGGAAAACGUGUAAUUGUAAAACAUAUUGUAAAAAAUUGUAAGUGCGAAAUAAAUUAAAUUUUUAAAUUAAAAAAUUACGAAAUA